AUGAAACGUUUUCUAACAAUUGAACAAGCGCUUUCUCAACUUUUUGAAGAGGAACCAAUUGAAGAAAGAGAUAUGGUUAUAAUUCCGCCAAACCCCUCUGCAGUUAGUGAUGAAGAAGAUUUCGAUGAAAAUGACUUAACAAAUGUCGGAGUUUUGCCUUCAGAUACAGCUGGAGAAUUGGAGAUUCAUAAUUCAGUUGAUGACGACCUUCCAGAACCAUAUUCUACAAGAAGCUAUUCUCGAAUUUCUCACAAUUUAAAAUGGAGAAAAACGGAUGCAAUAUAUUCUUCAAGCCCUUUCAAUGGAGAAAAGGAAGAUGUAAUAAAACUUGAAAAUGAUUUACAUGGUAAAACUCCAUCAGAUAUAUUUUCUUUAAUUUUCGACGAAGACUUAUAUUCCCUAAUUGUAGAACAAAGUAAUAUUUAUGCUAAACAAAUGAAUAGACCUAACAUAUGCAUAACCACCCAAGAUAUUCAGAGAUUUAUUGGAAUUCUAUUAUUUACUGGAUAUCAUUCUCUCCCACAAGAAAGAAUGUACUGGUCUAAUGAUAGCGAUAUUUCUAUUCCAAUAAUACGGGAUACAAUGACCCAAUUACAAUUUCGAAAUUUGAAAUGUAAUAUCCAUUUGGCAGACAAUAAUAAAAUAGAUAUACAUGAUAGAUUUUAUAAGGCCUUACAUUAUAAUAUUGAAUAA